AUGAGCUCAACAAAUUUCGCCGCUGCCCAGGAGCGGAUUCUUGAGCGCAGGCGCCUUCGCGAGGCGGAGGCGCAAGCCCGCCGAGUCGAACAGAGACGCUCAUCUCUCAUCAACUCAACCGCUCUUCAACGACUUCCAUAUCCAUUGAGCCGCGUGCCAGGUGUCGGAUUGUCGAUAUGGGAUUCAAUCAGAGGCAGAGACGGUACACGGCCGGCUUUUCGGGUCGGACAGGUCGAUGCGGAACUCCUGGACGAGGAGCUUCUUGGUUUAAUGAAAAAUCAAGUUGGAGAUGCCCUCAAAUACUUCGGGCCACAAAUGCGGGAAGAAUGGUCGCAUGAGAUUUUGUUCGCUUUACGAGCGAUUCUCUUCAAGCUUUCCAUUUGGGACCACAAUGCCUCUUACGGCGCAGCUUUACAAGGUCUACGAUAUACCGACAGUCGAAGCAAAGGCCCUGUUCAUUCGGCUCCUACGAAAUGGCAAAAAAUGAUGUAUGGUCUACUUACCGUAGGAGGACGGUAUGCGUGGGAUAAAUGGGAGAGCUGGUUAGUGGGACAGGAAGGUGCCUAUGAAGAACCAUCGCAGGAAAUUCGCAUGUUCUCGCGACUAACAGACAUUGUCUCCACAACGCAUUCUGUCGCGGCUCUCAUUUCAUUCCUUGUCUUCUUGGUGAACGGUCGCUAUCGAACACUUGUGGAUCGCCUUCUCCGAAUCCGCCUUACCCCACCAUCAGCCCAGGCCAGUCGGGAAGUCUCGUUUGAAUACUUGAACCGACAACUGGUCUGGCAUGCCUUCACAGAGUUCCUUCUCUUCCUUCUCCCAUUGGUGGGCAUCAGCCGUUGGAAGCGAUGGAUCUCUCGGGCAUGGCGCAGAACUGUCAAAUCUAUAAAGUCCGCCAGUGAUGAUGAAGAGGAUACCAAUGACCAAGGCGAGCUAGCUUUCCUCCCAGAACGGACGUGUGCAAUCUGCUACCGGGAUCAGAACCCGGCCGCAACCAGCGAGAGUGAGAUCCUUGCCGCCUCGGCAGCAGCAGGAAUCUCUGGAUCUGCACAAACAGAUAUCACGAAUCCGUAUGAGACAAUUCCCUGCGGUUGUGUGUAUUGCUUCGUGUGCAUUGUACAGAAGUUGGAAGCCGAAGAAGGUCAAGGCUGGGUCUGUCUUCGUUGUGGCGAGCUCGUCAAAAAGUGUCGGCCAUGGAACGGCGAUGUUCUCGAAGAAACGCGAUCACAGCCAGGCACUGGUAAGAUUGUAGGGUUUGCGAUCGACGACAGGCCAAACGGACCGCCAGCCGACCCUGAGGAAGAGGAGAGCCUGAGCAAGCCCAGUGCUCUUGGAAAUGUUACAGCCGACGAAGCUUUGCAUUCCAAUCAAUGGAACGUGGACGAGAAACAUGAUGACGAGAUCGAGCAUAGGAACGGCAUGAAUGGCUUUGCUGACCGGACGUGA